AUGCCAAAUAGCCAAGUACUAACCGAGCUGCUCCGCAAACUCAAAAUCGCAUCGUUGAACGAUAUCGCCACCUUGAUCGGGGCGCCGAUUCCAGCACCUACAAAAACCGCCCGCAUCCAAGGCUUAUCAUCUCAGUUCCACUUCUACCAGCAACAAUACGCUCCGCUCGCGAAACUCAACACUCUAGCACUCGACUUGGGGAUCAAGAAUUUUUCCUAUUGCAAGAGCUCAAGCAGUGGUCACGCGUGGCCCGUGCACAUUACCAAAUGGGACAAGUUCAGCCUACACGAAAGAUACAACGCCACCAACACCAACAAUAAUGGACCAUUGUAUCAGCCGUUGCUCCAUCCGGAUUCAAUGGUGGACAAGUACAGACUCUUCAGCCAUCUAACGUCACGUCUCGUAAGCGACAUCAAACCGGAAAUAGCCAAUGUGCGAGUCAUGGAAGUCCAGCGCACGCGCUCGAAUCUCAACUCGGCGACCUUGCCGUCAAUUCUCCAGGUGCACGAUUUGGAAAUGUUGCUCAUUGGCAGGAUCUACCCCGAAUUGGUGAUACCUGUAACAUCACAUCGCAUGAUGAAUUUCUGGCUCUACAAGUAUAUCGCGCCCGAGGUGGCUCCGCUGAUGAAGAGGAAUACCAAGAUUGUGCGGCGCGAGUUGGCGUUUGCGUGGUUUGGGACGUUGUACCGCUUCGCACCUUCGUUCCUCGCAGAUCUUGGCGUUAAUAAUGAAGAUAAUGACAAAAGUGGUGGGGUUUUAAACAAGAGGACCUUGCUCGGAUUGAUGAAAUUGGACUCGAGCGACAAGACGGACGACUUGGUGGAUUCGCUCCUUUACAAUCUCUACAUCAAUGCCCAAUUCAUGAAUUUGGCGUCGUUUACGCGCAUAUUUGAGCAAGGUGGUACGAGCGACGAUAUCUUGCUGCUCAUUGACGAGAAAACUCGUUUUCACCGUGAUUUGAUCCGGCCGGUUAUGGAUAAGUUUGGAUUUGUCUACAAGGAAGAUAAGAAAAAGUGA